CGCUCUUUCUCCUCAUCUCCUCUACUCUGUCGAUAACCCCGGCAAUACGAAUCACCACACGGCACAAGGCAUCACUAUCUUGAUCCUGGCCAGAUCUAUCCGGUCAUUCCUCGUGUCCCGCACUCUCUACCCCGUGGGGAUCCCCUCAUCUGCUACCGCGGUAUACUCUCGGCUCCGCGUCUCGGUCCGAGCCUUGCUCUCGAGAAUCUCCAGCAGUAUUUUGCUUUGCUGGUCUACCCUUGCCCUCCAAUUUGCCUGCAGACCCUGUAACAUCAUGAGCCAGACACAGCCAGAAACCACAACUAGAACAGCUCCGUCUCGGAAGCGAUCUAGAGCCGUCUCGAAUCUCACCAAGGAACAGAUUCAGCACAAGCGUAAUGUGGAUCGCAAAGCUCAGCGGGCCUUUCGUCAACGGAACAAAGACUGCAUUUCCAGCCUUGAGCAACAAUUCUCCCAGCUCCAGGGCACGUGCGCUGAAUUACGUGUAAGUUGCAGCCAGAAAGACGUGCAGAUCGACCGCAUGCGUGAGGAGAACGCAUCCUUGCAAGACUGCCUGCGUGCCGUCGCUGAACUUAUCAACACCGCUUUGGGCCAAGCUGACAGGAUUCAUGACCAAAACCAAUCGCAGGGUCAGUCUGCCCAGAGUCAGUCAGGUCAAGCCAGCCGGGCUCAAUCCCAUGCACGGACGCCUCCUCCACUACAAGAUCAGGAACAAGAGCAAGAGCAAGAGCAAGAGGCUGACUCACUGUCCGUAACACAUGCAGAUGCCUCUGAUACUGAGCAUGUCAUGCAAACCACCUCAGAAGAACCGUUUGACAAUCCGGUGGUAAGCUCAUACACCGACCAAUCGGUCCUUCCAGGCGACCACGCUCCAACUAUCCCAAACCAUAUGGUCAAUGACGAUUCAACCUGUCAUGUCUCUCCAUCCGCAAACGUAGGACUCUUGUCAUCCCCCGGUAGCUAUCAAGCUACAACAAGCACCAACAUUCCAUACGGCGCCCCAUCACAACUAAGCGUAGCUGAAUCCCACGUUACACAGCCGAGCAUGGCAAGCGACUACUCAGCUUCUGGAGACAUGACAGCUGCACUCGGUCAUUACACUGAGCCCAACGCUGUAUACACCAUCCUCCCAUCCCAUGGGCCAUCCUCUUGCCCAUUGGAUUUGAUACUCCUCAAGUUUCUUAAAUCAAGAAAAGAAAUGCUUUUAAAUAGCAUGGACCCUGAGUCCGUUUUGGGCCCACGAAAGCCAUCAACACGUGCCAUCAUCAACCUUGAGCAGGUUGACACGGUGCAUCCACUAAGCGGUAUAAUGUCACGCGUUCUGUCGACAUUCUCUUCUGUACAAAUGGCUGAGAAAUUGGCUUUCUUCUAUCUCAUGUGCCAUACUAUGAAGUGGCAAAUUCACCCAACGAAGCAACACUAUACAGAUAUGCCCUCAUGGCUAAGACCGACAGUCACACAGAUAGCCAUUCCACACGCCGCAUGGAUUGACAAUAUUCCAUGGCCUGGUGUCCGUGACAUCCUCAUCGAAAACCCGGCCGAAUAUCCAUUCCAACUUUUUUCAGAUUACUACUCUCAGAAUGUCACUGUGAAUUGGAAGUUUGAUGGUUUAGAUGCCAUAUCGGAUUCGGAGGGUGAGGCGGUAUUGCACUCGAUAUUCGAGAAGCAUAUUCGGAACCUUAAGAACUGGACUGUAACUCAAGCGUUUCAAGAUCGAUUUCCUUCCAUGGUUACCGCUAUCUACUCACGUUACUAGCCAAUGAAAUAAGUUGAAUGUCUCUGUAAUUGUGCUCUCCGAAUGGUCGGCAUGAAGCCCUGGACAAGAUGGGUUGUCCGUAAGGAACCAUACGUCAAGUUGACGUUGUUCUUCGUCCUUGUACUGCUCUAUGAUACGAACAAGGAAUAUAGAUGAG